AUGUUCGGUGCAUUUCGCUGCAACAACAGUACAACCAAGGAUCUGGAGUUCAUUGAUUUAUCGAGAAAGGUCGGUAUGGAUUCUCGCAAUUCUGCUGUACUGGCGUGUGAACCGUGCCGGGCUCAAAAGCUCAAAUGCAAUGGUGAUCUGUAUGGCUGCGAAAGGUGCCAAGAGUCAUCCACCGAUUGCACGUACCGCCCCCCUACGCCCGCAUCCUCCACGCCGUUAAGCUUGAAACAUCCCGCCUCAGAUCUCCCAGCACUUCCCUUGAAGCGGCGGCGGACCAAUGGUGUCGGAGCACUGCGUAUACAUUGCCCGUCGCCAGUUGGACCCACCCCCAGGACACAGUCACCACUCGUACGGCCCGAGCCUGUCUUGAUCAAUUCCUACCAAGACUGGGGUCAAUUUUGUAACAUGAACACGACGGAACACCCAGGGCUGAAUUUGACUCUAGACGAUAAUCUGCCCUGUUACCCCACGGCGCCAUUGAUCUCCGAGGCACAUUUGAAGCCCUCCCAUUUGGUGUCGCCAGCUACAUCGUAUUCGGAUGAAGGUCCCAGCGUCUUUGUUCGAAACCCUCAUACCCCUGUCACGUCACAGGACCCAUCUAAGAAUCAGGGCCACAAUUGCAAGUGUAUCCAGUCCCUCGCCGACACGCUGGAGAGGGUUGGAGGUGACAACGACCAAAGGAGUAAUAUCGACCAUAGUGAGCGUCUGGAUUACUUGCUCACGUCUCUGCACACUGGCGUUGAUACAUGUACUCGGGUACUUGACUGCAGCAACUGCGAUAUUUGUGCCACAAACUCAAUGAUUUUUAUGGCUUUAAUUCAGCAGCUUGCCAUAAGGUCGAGAGAUCUUUGCGAUCUACUACUAUCGCUCCAAGACAAGCCACAGAGGACCUUGCCAGACGACCCAGCAGAUCUCCAACCCGAAGCUAGCGUCUUUAUAGGAAGGUAUCAGAUCCAAAUCGAGGCUGUAUGUCGGGAGCUCGUCCACACUUUGGCGAACAUCCACUUCAGAGAUCUUCGUCGCUUACUAGCACGACUUCCUGAUAUGAUUGGAAAGAAGCCAAGGGCGAAUAAGAUGCUUACUGAGGCCACUGAGACUUCCGAGAAGGCGUCUCACAUUCUUGAAGGGAUUCUGGUCAAGCGUGCUGCUGAGAAGGCAAAGAAUCACGAGUUAUACGGCUUGAUUACGCAGAGGGGUCCUUAA